UGACGGGAGAUACGGGGAUGGCGGGGAAUUUCUUCUUCUUCUUCCGAAUAUGCGCGAGCGAGAGUGGUGAUUCAGUUAGUUAGCGUCAAUGGCAUUGUGCGGACCGAGCCACCAGCUCGCUUUAAUCUCCGGCAAUGGGCAGCAGAAAACAGGACGACUAAGUAGAACCAGAAGGGGAUUCAUAAAUGUUCAGGCAUCGACGAGCUCUGAAGCGGCGGUGUUCGAGGAGGGGAAAUUGGAGCGGCCCAAUUGGGCUGGAGAGACCCCUUUGUCACGGCUUGUCGGUGCCCUAAUUUCCUUCAAACCCGUCUAUUCCAUUCUUAAGCUCGGCGCCAGACAAGUUUUCAUCAGUACAGCGGAGAAGAAGAACAUUCCAUGGCGGAAGAUGUGUUCCGAUAUUCUGGAAUCUGACGUCUACAAGGAGCUCGAGAGCGUUCAAAAUCUCUCCAUUGUCUAUCCCGAUUAUUACCUAAAGCCCUUCCAUGCAUAUGACGAGGGCAAUCUCUCAUGGGUUGCUGCAGCAGAAGCAGAGCCCGCAACCAUGUCCAUGAUCAUGCGAGCGGUACCCACCGCCACUUCAGUAGAUGAAGCCAAGAAAGUAGUAUUUGGAAACUGGUUGCGUACCAUUGAGGAGCAUCAUCUGCAGUACUCAAAGAAUCCUAUUCUAGACAUUCUUGACAUUGGCUGUUCUAUAGGAUUUGGUACAAGGCAGCUAGCUGAUAAGUUUCCGACAGCUAAAGUGACAGGGCUUGAUUUGUCUCCUUACUUCCUUUCGGUGGCUCAAUACAUGGACAAGAAACGAGCUCCAAGAAAGAAUGCAAUAAGAUGGUUGCAUGGAAAUGGAGAAGAAACUGGCUUGCCUUCAACAUCUUUUGACCUACUUUCCAUUGCUUAUUUGUUCCAUGAAUGUCCCAAAGUAGCAAUUGUCAAUAUCCUCAAGGAAUCGUUUCGGCUUCUUCGACCCGGUGGCACAAUUGUAAUCACUGACCAAGCUUCAAAAUCAAAGGCCGUUCAGGAAAUGUCUCCAGUACUUUUUACCUUAUUAAAAAGCACAGAACCUCAUCUGGAUGAGUAUCAUCUUACUGAUUUGGAAACAAAAAUGAGCCAAGUUGGAUUUGUGAAUGUGACAUCGAGACUCACUGACCCGAGACAUGUUACAAUAACAGCAACCGUUCCACUUUGAUCGGUAUUGAAAACUUCAUCCGUUUAGACAAUUUUGUACCAUACAUGUUUGAAUGAGAUUCAAUCUUCAGAUUA